GUCACCCAGGAAACUCCGAACUCCGGGCUCAAGGUCGCGAGAUGAUGGGAAUUCCGACUGAUAAGCGCCAGGAGAUUUGACGCACGGGACACUAGUGUAGGGGUAAUGAGUUUCAUAUCUGGCGCUUCCAUCCGAACCGAGUUUUCUGAGCUUGGAGUGAAUUCUAUGUCGUGCAGCGGAUGAGUGGAGUGGCGAGGACGCGGUGAGUGUUUGGUUUUAGUGAACUCGCGGUUCAAUCUGUGGUUGCGGGUGGUGGGUUUGGGUUCGGAAGUCAGUUGGAAGUUGGGGUGAUGGAGUCGAGCGCCCCGACACCGCCGUAGUCUAUCUUGUAAUGGAUGUGCACAAGCCUGGGAUCUGCUGUCGUCAGUGUAGACUAUCAGAAUUGGUUGCCAAAGUUGGUAUGUGGAGCCCAUGUUCUUGCCUCUCCUCAAUAAGGCAGGGUUUUUCGAUCGAGGCGCUGAUCUUUUCGUGAUGGCUGAUAGAACCCUUUUCCUCUCUUUUUGCAAUUCGGGUGUUUGCUUUGAUACUAACGUCGUCAGCGGUAAUGGUUCCACACACCUAGGUCUGUUGCUCUGUUGAGUGGCACUCUCAAGCUGGUUUAGUCAGAGCCGACGACCUCUUGGGGUUCUCCCGCAAGUGCAUUUAGCAUAUCUUUGGUGGAUUCUGCAUGCGUCUUCUCUUUGAAGGUCUCCGCUUUACUUGAAACCUCUCCUUACCCACUCAAUGUUCCAAACCUUCCCAGAACAAGCCAGAAUUACGGUCCUCAGGCUGAGAUGAUGUAAUCCCGAGGAUUCAUCAGCAUUUGGAGGUUACAGAGCUGCUACACAUCUCUUUAUUCAGGUUAUUUGACGUCGACCGAAGGCCCGUCCUAGCGAUUUCUCGGUGAGCACGGCGACGUGACACAGGUCUUUGUUCCACUAGGAUUUCUUUUUUCUCUAAAAUUUCGGGUUUGGCUCACCGCUAUUGGCAACUUCAUGGGGGUAGAGAAACUGCAACAAAGUAUAGCAGGUGGAAUGAGCUUCCAUUAAGCUCUCAAAACACCGUUCAAGGAUGCCAUACACGACUAGGGUUUUCCACUCUACAAUUUUCGACAUUUUGAGUGGAAUGGGUUUCUAAAGAGGGGGCCAUUCAGACUUUAAGCCUACAUGUUACCUCAGAAACUUAUGUGACUGAGUAGCAGAAAAAGGUGGUUGACAUCCAAGUCGGAAGCGGAGGAGAUGGGGACAUUGACGUUACCACCUUAUUUCAAUUUACAAGAAGAUUGCAAAGAACUUCGAUUAUCUUUCAAAGGGCUGGGAUGCAAUGAGAAGAGAGUGAUUGAAAUCUUAGGAAGGAGAACGCAGUCCCAGCGACUUGAGAUUGCACAGGCUUAUCAAACUGUCUAUGGGGAGAGCUUGCACAAGCGACUCAAAGCAGCCUUCAAUGGCAAGCUUGAGAAAUGUAUACUCCUAUGGAUGAUGGAUUCGGCUGAACGUGACGCAAUACUUAUGUAUGAAUUGAUGAAAAUUGGGGGACGAAAGGCUGAUCGUGCCCUUAUUGGGAUAGUGUGUACACGAAAUCCAACUCAAAUAUACGCAAUCAAGCAAGCAUACUAUACCAUGUUCAACCAAACUUUAGAGAACCACAUCGAUGGCACUAAUUCACAUUUCGUGGAGUUCCAGCAUAAGAGCAAAUGGGCUUUCUGGCGUGGAGGUGAAUCCAAGCCGAAGGAAAUUCAUAAGCGGCCAGUUAGCGUAACUAAGCUUCUUUUGGCGCUAGUUCGUGCAAGUCGACCCGAGAACUCAACCGUUGACAGACACAUUGCUUUGAAUGACGCACACCAACUGAAUAAGGUUUUCACUAUUGUAGGAAAAGUAGGUAAUGAAGACACUUUGAUCCGCAUUUUUUGUACCCGGAGUGCACAGCAGCUGACUGCUACAUUAAAUUACUAUCAUCAACACUACGGCCACGAUUUUGAGCAGUCCCUAACGAGGGAAAACUCUGGAGAAUUCGAACAAGCGCUGCGAUGCACCGUGAUAUGUUUCCGACAGCCUGCGAAAUUUUACGCGGAGGAACUGUGUAAUGCAUUGGGAGCAGCAGGAACAGACGACGACGCUUUGAUUCGGGUGGUAACGACGCGAGCUGAGGUGGACAUGCAAUAUAUCAAGUUGGAGUUUACGAACCUAAGCAAGAGAACAUUAGAAGAGAUGGUUGCCAACGACACAGCUGGUACCUACCGAUAUUUUCUUCUCACCCUUGUUGGACCUGGAGACCUAGGUCUGUUCAGCCCAAGAACUUCUAUUGGCUCAGCAUCCUUUUACAGCCCAAGAACUUCGAAUGGUUCUCUGACUGCAUCUCGUGGUCAGCAAUCCAUUGGCUCGCACAAUGGUUCCGUGGUUUCAUACUACACUAGUCCCAGGUCUAGUGGUCAGGGUUCCUUCCAGAUUUAACCCAGUCUUUAGGAAACAGGAAUCAAGUAUGAAAUCCUUUUCAUCCUUGAAAAUUAGUUCGAAAUCAUACCCUUGUUCAAUAGUUUCUCUUUGGACAAGCUCACCUUUAGGACAGGACUCCAUUGUACAGAGGGAGUAUUGUUUCCAGAGUCAUACGCUGCCAUCCUGCUAAACUCGUCAGUGUCUAUUGCAUUAUAGUUUACUUAUCCCAUGAAGGAGUCUAAACAAGAAAUCACAGGAGAAUUGCUAGUAGUUGCCUUGUACGAGUACUAGAAAAGAGAAUGUUAUUAUAUACUGAAAUGUGUUGACCUUUGGGACGUAAUUUUAUCGUCAGUCAAGGAUUUCUUAUUGAAGGUCCAACAAGGGUGAGACGAAAAUUCACGAUUCUAGUCUACGAGAAAGUCUGUUAUCAACUCAUGCACAUAGCUUGAGAAAAGCUUUCGGAAAGAGAAAGAAAAUUUGACCAAA